CCGCCGUCUCUCCUUCCGUGUCCUCACCAACGGGGUCGUUUUCGAGUAUAUUUGCCCCUCCAAGUCAGCCACCACCCACAAGGGUUAAUUCGACUCAACAACAGCCUAUAUAUGCCCCUCCGCCGACCCUCCCACCCCGGAGACCCAGAACAGAGGAUUUGGCACAAAGCAUGCAAACGCUGUCUGUAAAUCCGAUCGUAUCACCUCCUCCUAGUACAAAUGAAACUGUUCAAACACCAGAAGUAGAGAAGCAAGCGAUUCAAAGAUACACAGAAUUUCUGAGGUCUCAUAGAAGCACUUUGAGUGGAGUAAACUUGGACAGUGGCUCUGCCAAAGCUUUCUAUGCAUCUCUAGUGACAUUUAUGGAUACAGAAAAGGAAUUCUGGAGGGCUCAGCUGGACAUUCCUCUCGAAACCGCUCCCCCUGUUACUGUGAAUACGGUUUCUCGUGAAACUGUGACGGUUCAACCUACCCAACCCGUAGCUGCGGCCGUCCCCACCCCUGCACCC